AUGACACCGGACCUGGCCGAGGAGCACAGCGUCAAGAGGCGUCGCCGCCCAGCCAAGAGCUGCGACGCCUGCCGCGCGCGCAAGGUGCGAUGCGACCAGAAGAUGCCCUGCGGCCCUUGCACAAAAGCUCGCUCGGCCCCGAAGUGCGUCUACGCGCCAGACGCUGUCCGUCUUCCGUCCCCGGACCCGACGCCCGAAGAGAGCGGCGCGGGCGGUGCAGCUUCACAUACCCCGGUGGAGCUGCGACACAAAACUCCGGAAGGAUUGCAGCGGCUGGAUUACCGCGCAGAGGCAGACCAGCUACGGCAGCAAAUCCGGAACUUACAAAACAGAAUAGACACCCUUGAGUCAAAGGUGGAAGCUGCCCAAGCUGCGGCAGACGGCGGAGAAGAACAAGCUCUUUGGCGCAAACCACUGGAUCCAUACUGCGAAACAUAUUAA